UUGCCGUGCCAUGGUUUGAACAAGUUAAAAACGGUUUCAGCGGGUUAUUAGGAGAAUAGCUGUUGUCUUCCCUCACUUCUAGGGCUGAAGUAUUUACACGCACACGCAGGGAUUAUUACUAGUUCGUUUUUGUUUAGUGCAGAUAUGCGAUUGAUUUAGGUAUUUUUUUAUUACUAUAAAUAACAGACCAACCGUCUAAAGAAACGCGGAUACAAAAGGUGCCACCAUGAACUCCGUGCUGCCGUCAGUGCACUCCCUCACGGAGAUGUUUGUGAGAAAGACGCAGGAAUUCGUCAGUGAGAUCGAAAAUGUCCACAUGGUUUGGCUCGAAGAGAUACAACAAGAAGCAAAUCGCAUGUUCUCUAGAGACUUUAAUGCUGAACCAGAACUGAUGCCGAAAACGCCGUCACAAAAAAAGAAUAGUCGCAGGAAGCGGGUGUCUGCAGGGCGCCAAGAGGAAGGUCAAACAAGGAGGUUCUCAAAGGGAAAGCGUAGCAAUCUUCGUGGAUCAUCUGUUAAAUCCCUGAACUUCAUUCCUGAAGAAGAAGCAAUCUCUGAGGUCUCAACCUCUAAGGCUAGAAACCCUCCAAAACCAAAACGUGCUACCCGUAAAAACAAACAGACGAAGCCUGAAGAUGUAGAUGAGAGCCUGUCAUCCAGUGACGGCAGCAAGCAGCAAGAGGUGCAAAACAAGAACCCAGAGCUGGUUAAGGAAGCGGAUGAAGUGGACAAAGUUCAAAAAGUUAAUGCAGAAACCAAAACUGACGAUGCAAGCAGCACUUCUCAGUCUCCUCCGAAGAUUCUUUCACCGGAGUUGGUCGUCAACAUCUCAGCAGAGGAUCGCUUGUCUGCCGAACUUGCCAAAAAGCCAGAGGUGUCUCCGAGUCGUACAGCUACAAAGAUAGCAAUAGCUGCAGCUGAUCGGAGGUCAAGGCGAAGCUCUGCACGCUGCUCCCUAAAAUUGCGGCACUCACUGGCUGGUCUUCGGCACAGCAUGACACAGGAAUCCAUCCGCCGGGCUUCACGCCGCUCGAUGCUCAAGAGGAUGUCUAGUCGAAUGGGCACCUCUACAAGUAGCAACACUAGUGGAGCGAACUCCUCCAUGGGCACUGCAGAUGAGGAUAAUGAGGAAGUCAAAACAGGAGCAGAAACUGAAGACACUGUUGAUGACUUGCCAGAAAAGGCAAGUGAAGCAUCAGAGCCUGAAAGCGGUCAUGAUGUCCCUGUGCCUGCUGUUGAGCGCGUAACUCGCUCUGUAGCUGCUAAUUCUCCCAAACUGGCUCCCCCUCCGUUGUUUUGCUCUCUGCUUAAAAUGAGCACUCCUGCCAAAAAGUCUGUGGCUGCUGCUAGGAAACAAAGCCAGGCACCUCGAAGAUCGAGCCUCAGCACAAAACGAAAAGCCCCAGACACUGAGGACAGCCCCUCAAAGCGCUUUUCUCCACCGAAGAAAAGCCAAAGUAACAUCAAACCGAACAUGAGAUCUUUUCUUCACACUGUGAAUAAGAAUCAGAUGCUGAUGAUGACCCCUAGCUCCUUUGGCCGAACCGCCGUGAUAAAAUCCUUUAUCAAACAGACCACUCCUCUGAAAGUUGAUCCUAAAACCAAAGAGCGUCACAAACUGGAGGCUCUAAGAAAGAAGCAGGAACAAGAGGAAGAAAGGAUGAGGAAAAUGGAGGAAGAGAAGAAGAAAAAGCAGGAAGAGCUGAAGAGGAAAAGGGAAGAGAGGAUAAAAAGAGUGUUUGAGGCAAAGGUAAAGGAAGAGCUGAGGGGAGAGGAAAAGAAAAAGAAGAUUGAACAAAAGAUGGCUCAGAUUGAUGAGAAGAAUGAUAAACGUCAGGCUGAGGAGAAAGCUAAAAAGAAACUGGCAGCAAAGCGUCAAGAAGAGCUGGAGCAAAAGAAAAAGCUAGAAGAAGAAGCUAAGAAGAGAAAGAUUCAGCAGGAGGAGGAGAAACGACAGCAGGAGCUGGCCGCCAAAAAGAAAGCGGAGGAGGAGGAACAGCAAGCUCGCAAAGCUCUGGAGCGCCAGAGGGAGCAAGAACUGGAGCAGGAACAGCAAGCUGCUGCUGAAAGAGAACGGGUAGAAAAAGAAAAGGCUCUUGCUUUACAGCGUGAGGUAGAGAGAGCAGCCCGAGAAAAAGAAAAGAGAGAGCUGGAGGAGCGAAGGAAAGCAUUGGAAGACAAAAGGAAACUGGAGGAGCAGCAGAGGCUGGCUGCAAAAGAGAAAGCUCUAAAAGAGAGGGAAGAAGCGAAACGGAGAGAAGCUGCUGCUGAGGCACAAAAGUUGCUGAAUAAAACAGUUGACCUUGAGAACUCUGUAAUGAAAACGCCGAUAGGAAAGGGUGGUCUAAAUGUUACUGUGGACAUACAGGAAAUGUCACCUCAGUCGUACGCCAUCACUCCUAACGGUGGAAAUAAGACGCUGACUAUUUCAAAGAAUCCAGAGGAUUACGGAAUGGACCAGAACAGCGACGAUUCAACAGAUGAUGAAUCUGCCCCGAGAAAAGCCAUUCCCUCCUGGGCCGAAGGUGCCAAUCUGAAGCAGCUGAUUAUGAAGCAGUACUUCAACCCUAUUGAUGUGGACUCCAUCUUUGGGCCCAUUGAGCCACCCAGACUGGAGAACAUAUUUUACAAAAGCAAACCACGUUACUUUAAACGCACCAGCUCUGCAGUGUGGCACUCUCCUCCAACUGGAGGGAAGUGAGACCUUUUAACUGAAAGCAGUGUGGUGUUUUCUGCUGUAUUAAAUUUUUAAAAAAUCUGUUUCAAAUAAAGUUUUUCCAGUGUAA